AUGAACCCUCUCCAGAAGAACAAGAUUGACGUCUCGUCCCUCUCGCCCGAGGAACAGCGUCUCUUUCGCCUCUACGGCAAGCUCCCCUCUCGGUCCGAUCACUUCGCCAAGCACCUGAAGGACCGCAAGUACUUCGACUCGGGCGACUAUGCCAUGUCCAAGGCCGGCAAGGGCGACAGCGUCGACACGGGCGCCGUCGGCUCUCAACAUCCCGUUCCUGAGAACAUUCCCCACCUCUCGAGUCCCGUCAACAAUUCCUCGUCCUCCCUCAACGGCAACAAGCACCAUGGCAGUAUCCCCAGCGGCGCCCACGCCGGCAGCCCCGUGAAGGAGGCGAGCUUCCUCAACCGGGAGACCAGCGCCGAGGAGGUCGAGCAUAAGGACAAGGAGAAUAACUCGCCAGUGGACGGAAUUGCCAAGACGGAGAGCAUUCCUAUCCGAAGAUGA